CCACUCUGCUCUGCCCAGGCCAGGCCAUGCCAUGCAUGGGUUUGGACUGGGCAAACAACAACAUUACGCAUCAUCUACAACCACUGCCGUUUCGCCCGUUUCUCUUGCUGACUUCUGUGCAUUUCCACCCUUCUUUUCUUCUACGUUCUGCGCACAUAUCCAACUGCAUUCCAGCAUCGAGCAUCGAGCAUUCAACAUCGGUCUACGAGUACACGCACGUACGCACGCACGCACUCACGCACGCACAGUCGUCGAUCCUCCUUCCAUCCCGACCGCCCGACCAACCGCCCGCCAACGCCCUGUCCUACCUGCACCACAUCCCGACCUGCCUGGCUACCUGGGCCACUCGGCAGUCUGGUCCAACAGCUGCUCCAACAGCUGCCUCCCCCUCUGCCCCUCUGCGGAAUUCCCCAUCCAGCAAUCCCAAAUCCCCGUUCCUUCGCAAGACACCAACCCGGCCACUGCAUUGUGUGCGGGCAUCGCGAACCCGCCCGCCGCCCGCCGCCCAACCCAUCACCAUGGAAGGCUACGGCGUUUCACAGCAAACAGACGAAGGCUAUUCCGAAGACCCCCUCAACCCUCCCUCACCUCCGACCAACCUGUCUCUUUCGUCCAGUUCCAAACAGCUGGAUUCAACAGCCGCGACGCCCGCCUCCCCGCUUCAGGUCAAAGGAUGGCUGUCGGCGCACAUCGCAAGCCUACCCGCCGAACUGAGGACUCAACUGACUCUCGAGCUCCUCGAUAACCUGCCUACCAGCAUUGUCGCCGAGAUCGUCGAGAAGAUGAGCCCCCGCCUGUACAUCGACUUCAUCAGAUACCUGCCCGCCGAGAUAUGCCUCAAGAUCCUCGGCUACCUCGACCCCGUCUCCCUCCUGUCUGUCGCCCAGACAUGUCGCCCCUGGUUCAGCCUCGCCCUCGACCGCACCUUAUGGCAGCGUCUGUUUGUUCUGGAGGGGUGGAAGGUCAUUGCGUCUGAGAUAGAGGCUGCGGAGGAGCUCGCCAACAGGAGGACCUCGCCCGGCUCCAUGCACCGCCAGAAGUCCGAGGAGGACGGACACACCCACAAGAAGCGGGCCGUGUCCCUGGACGACGACGAGGACCACAUGAUGGUCGACGCCGACCACCUCCUGACCGCCGAGCCCAAGACCCUCGAGGUCGACGAGUCGCUGUUUGGCGGUAGCUCCGCCCGGACGCUAAUGACGCCGGCCCUGAGGGAUCUCAACAUGCACGGGUCCGGUUCGAGCGCCGGCUCCUCCUUCAUGAGGGCCAAGACCCUCGACAAGGGCAAGGGCAAGGCAGUCUCGCGCAGCCCCACCGAUGCGCUCUCCCCGCCGCCUUCCUCCGCCUUCAAGUCGAAACUCUGGAUCUACGACGCGUCGUCCGGCAAGCAGAAGAUCAACUGGCAGUACCUCUACUCGAUGCGCAUGAAGCUCGAGACCAACUGGGAGCAGGGUAACUUCAAGAACUUUCAGCUGCCUCACCCGGAUCACCUGGAGGAGGGCCACAACAAUGAGUGCAUAUACAGCCUGCAGUACAACGAGGAAUACCUGGUGAGCGGGAGUCGCGACCGAACGCUGCGCAUAUGGAAUCUCGCCACCAGGCGGCUGGUUCGGAAGCCCCUUGUUGGCCACAUCGGCUCCGUCUUGUGCCUCCAGUUUGACUCCGACCCCGAGGAGGAUAUCAUUGUAUCGGGUAGCAGUGACUCGGACGUGAUUGUCUGGCGCUUCUCUACCGGCGAGAUCAUCCAGCGACUCACACACGCACAUCGAGAAUCGGUCUUGAAUGUCAAGUUCGACAAGCGUAUCCUCGCUACCUGUUCCAAGGACAGGACCAUCAAGAUUUUCAACCGCCGCCCGCUCAAGGCGGGUGACGCAGGCUACACCAUGGUCAACCCGGUGCCCACCACCGUGAAGAGAUACGGCUACGAGGCCUCGCCCCUGGACCAGCUCCCAGUGAUUCCCCCUUUUACCAUGAUUGGGGUUCUCGAGGGCCACAGCGCGGCGGUCAACGCGGUACAGAUAGUAGAUAACGAGAUCGUCUCAGCCAGUGGCGAUCGUCAGAUCAAGGUUUGGGACUGGCAGACAGGUGCUUGCAAGAGGACGUUUGUCGGUCACAACAAGGGCAUUGCUUGUGUUCAGUACGACGGCAAGCGGAUCGUCUCUGGUAGUAGUGAUAAUGAGGUGAAGGUCUUCUGUCGGGAUACCGGCAUAGAAGUGGCCAGCCUCAGGGACCACACCGACCUGGUACGGACGGUUCAGGCCGGCUUUGGCGACCUCCCAUGGAGUGCCGAAGAGGACGCAGCCGAGGCCAAGCGGGUCGACCAGGCCUACAUGAAGGCGGUAGAGGAUGGAGAGGUGUCCUCGUCGCCGCGCCGUGGCCGCCCUGGAAACGCCGGAAGCACGGAUCCAGAAGAGAUAACGGCAUACGGGGCCAAGCUACCCCCCGGAGGAGGUGGUGGAAGACGCUGGGGUAGGAUUGUCUCUGGGUCUUAUGAUAAGUCCAUAAUCAUCUGGAGGCGGGACAAGACCGGCAAGUGGAAGCCACAACAUCACCUCAAGCAAGAGGAGGCUGCGUCGAGGGCGCUGCACUCGCAUCCUCGCCCACCGCCCGAUGGCCCAGCACCUGGCAACAACCCUGGAGGCGCAGGUGGUGGUUCGCAUGGCGGCUCCGGCUCCAGCUCGAGAAGACAGCAGCCUCCCGCGGACUGGGCUCCGGCACCCAUCCUCCGGCCACGCGCAGCAAGGGCAAGCGCCUCCAGCUCGACGGUCGCCAACCCGUCGGCCUCUUCCGCAGCAUCGGGCUCCUCGACGCCAGCCGGCUCAUCGAGGACACAUCCCGAGCCGUCGGCCAGCUCAGCACAUGCAAACACAAGCGCGUCCCGGCCGCGGUUCUCCCACCCCGUCAUGCCCCGAAACGUCGCCCCCGUGCCCUCAGACCAGAUCACACACGUCACCUCACCAGUCAUGGCAACCAUCACGCCCUCGUCACAGCGCUCCUUUGCGCAGCUGAUCGACCUCAUCGUCCCCCAGGGCGUCCAUGCCCUCCAGCAGGCCCUGACCAACUACCCGACCAUGCUCACCCUCCAGAGCCACCUCCAGACAGCCAUCGACCGCGAGCAGAGCCCGUUCGUGCGGUCGCAACUGAGGCAGGUCGUCAGCGCCGCGACGGUCCGCACCCAGGUGGCCCAGGCCAGGGCGCGCCUGCAGGGCAUGCAGGCGCUCCAGGCCGCCGACGCGUCUGCCAUCAACGGCACGGACGACGACGCCGGGGCGGGCGGCUCCAACAACAACAACAACAACAACAACGCCGCUGCCGGCUCCAACUCUGGCUCCAACUCGGCCCCUCCCACGGCUGCCGCCACGCCGAGCAACGUGGCCGGCGGGCCGCCCCCACCGCCAGCAGCAGCUGCGGGUGGUGGUGCUGCGGGCGGCCAGCACCGGCUCAACCACCACGGCGCGCCCGAGGUGGGGAUGCCGACGAGGAUCUACAAGCUUCAGUUUGACGCCCGGCGGAUCAUCUGCUGCAGCCAGACGAGCGUGAUCGUGGGCUGGGACUUUUGCAACGGGGACCCGGAGCUGGAGGAGGUCGCUAGGUUCUUUGCUACCAUGGACUGAUUGAUAGAGGAGGAGGAAGAAGAAGAAGAAGGAGCGGGAUGGUGAUGAUGAUGACGAUGAUGAUGGCCUGGUAUCACUAUGUGUAUGUGUGUGUGUGUGUGUGUGUUCUGUAAUGUGGCAGUCGCGAAGAUAGAGAUUCGGGGCAGUGAGUAGGGGCGAGGAUACGGCAAGCGGUACCUUUUUCUUUCUUUUUCUCCGGAUUUUCCUGGACCUUUGGCGAGGGGUAAAAAAGUUGGCUUCAUGGUUGCUGGCUGUGCAUAUGGGGCGUCCGGUUUAAGUCUGUGGAUAGCUUGAGAUUAAGGAAAAAGCCCCCGGUUCUUGCCUUUUUCAAUAAUUUGUUCUCCCGUGUCGGCGUUGGAUGUUGCUCUUCUCCAGCAGCCGCGGCGGCAGUUUCUUCGGCGGUCCUGUAAUGGGUGAAUUUACUAGGCCGGAGGAGAGCAGAGAGAGGGAGAAGGAAUGAGGCAAUAAGAGAGGGAAUUGGAAAGCAGGCCACGGACAGACAAGCCGGAGCGACGAAGAGAUCCAAAGGAUCGGGUGUGUGUAGGGGAGAUAGAU